CACACAGCCAUGCCCAUCAGCCAUGGACUGGCUACUGAAGGACAAGGCUGUGGAGGCUGCCCUGCUUCAGCCCAGAGCCAAUCCUGGCCCAUGGCAUUGGCACACACACCUGCACUGGUGGCUUUAUAAACGCAGCACUCCGGCUGGGACUUUCCCCUCAGGGCUGCUCUCACCAUGGCUCGCUGGCACAUCCUGGCCUUGGCCCUGUGCUCCUACCUCGGGCUAGCCUGGGCUGCCACUCUGGGUGUGGUGCACACCGAGGGAGGAUUUGUGGAAGGAGAGAGCAAGAAACUGGGACUCUUUGGGAGCUACGUUGACAUCUUCAGAGGGAUUCCCUUUGCUGCCCCUCCAAAGACUCUGGAAGACCCCCAGCCUCAUCCUGGCUGGGAUGGAACUCUGAAGGCAAAAGAAUUCAAAAAACGCUGCAUGCAGGUGAAGCUGACACAGACUGAUGUCCGUGGGAGUGAGGACUGUCUCUACCUGAACAUCUGGGUCCCUCAAGGGAGAAAACAGGUCUCUACCAAGCUGCCUGUGAUGGUUUAUAUCUACGGCGGUGCCUUCCUGCUCGGAGGCAGCCAGGGAGCCAAUUUCCUGGACAACUACCUGUACGAUGGGGAGGAGAUCGCCGUGCGGGGCAACGUCAUUGUGGUGACCAUCAACUACCGCGUGGGGCCGCUGGGCUUCCUGAGCACCGGGGACGAAAACCUGCCAGGUACCAGGGGAACUUACGGGCUGAAGGACCAGCACAUGGCCAUUGCCUGGGUGAAGAGGAACAUCAAGGCCUUUGGAGGUGACCCAGACAACAUCACCAUCUUUGGGGAAUCGGCCGGUGCCGCCAGUGUCUCCCUGCAGACGCUGUCCCCAAAGAACAAGGGCCUGUUCAAGAGAGCCAUCAGCCAGAGCGGUGUUGGGCUCUGCAGCUGGGCCAUCCAGAGGGAUCCGCUUCGUUGGGCCAAAAAGCUUGGAGAAAAGGUGGGCUGCUCCACAGACAACACCACUGUCUUGGCCAACUGCCUCCGUAUCUCUGACCCCAAAGCCUUGACCCUGGCCUACCACAUGCAGCUCACCCACCUGCCCAUGCCCCUGGUGCACACCCUUGCCCUCGCUCCAGUUGUGGAUGGGGAUUUCCUCCCAGACGUGCCAGAGAAGCUCUUUGCCAACGCUGCUGACAUCGAUUACCUGGCCGGGGUCAACAACAUGGACGGGCACAUCUUUGCCGGCGUGGAUGUACCCGCCAUCAACCGCCCGCUGGUGAAGGUCACUGCUGACCAGGUGUACAAUUUGGUCAAAGGCCUCACCGUGGACAGGGGCGAGGCUGGAGCCAACGCCACCUACAACAUCUACACACAGAGCUGGGGUGACAAACCCGAGCAGGAGGUCGUGAAGAAGACAGUGGUGGAUCUGGUCACUGACUACAUCUUCCUGAUUCCCACACAGGUGGCACUGGACCUGCACCUGCAGAAUGCCAAGAGUGGCAAGACCUACAGCUACGUGUUCUCUGAGCCGUCCCGCAUGCCCAUCUACCCCCGCUGGGUUGGGGCAGACCAUGCUGAUGACCUGCAGUACGUGUUUGGGAAGCCCUUUGCCACCCCUCUGGGCUACUGGCCUAAGCACAGGACUCUCUCAAAGAACAUGAUUGCUUACUGGACCAACUUUGCUAGAACUGGUGAUCCCAACAAUGGGCAUUCAGAUGUGCCCGUUUCCUGGCCAGCCUACACCAACAAAAGCAAGUACUACCUGGAUAUCAACCACAAGAUGACCAAGAACUCUGUGAAGCAGGACCUGAGGGCCCCUUUUGUGACCUUCUGGAACUCGGUCUAUCUGAAGCUGCCGCAGGUUGCUGACAUCUCCCAGUCGGAGUUAAUGUUCUGA